UCAGCUGUAGGAAGGUGUAGUGCUGUCGGAAGAGUGGUUGACGUUGGAUUCACACUAGAUUUCUUCGGGAAACUGAGUGUGUCUCCACAAAUUUCACCACGGCGACCCGUUAGCAAGCCUGGCCUCGAGCGGAGAGUCGGACGACGGUGGACUUGCUCCGCCACCGCGAAAGAAAUCGCGUACUUUGGACGCUACAAUGCAGCAAGCAGCUAAUGGCUGUGCGCAACGCAAUGGAGUGUCCGAAGACCAUUCCGAUACUUUCAAUCAACAAAACGGUGCCGAGAUCUCGCCCGAUGACAACGCUGUUAAUGGAGGACCAAAUGAGGAAAUUACUCCGAAGAUAAUGGACAAGACCACUCAGGACAUUGUGCGACUUAUUGGGCAGCAUUUGAAAACAAUCGGGCUUGACCGGACUGCGGACUUACUGAUGCAGGAGUCUGGGUGUCGCCUUGACCAUCCGGCUGCUGCCAAAUUCCGACAACACGUUAUGGAUGGAGACUGGAAUAAGGCUGACAAUGACCUGAACGAGCUCAAACCUCUUUUGGAAGGCUCUUCUCAGUGUCUUGUGGAGAUGAAAUUCCUACUGCUGGAGCAGAAGUAUUUGGAGUUCCUCGAAGAUGGCCGUGUCUUGGAUGCAUUGCACGUAUUGCGCAAUGAGCUCACUCCACUAAACCACAAUACAGCACGUGUGCACAAGCUCAGCAGCUAUAUGAUGUGUAGUGGCCGAGAUGAUCUGAUGCAGAGGGCAGAAUGGGAUGGGAAGGGAAUGAAGUCACGCCAACAGCUGAUGGACAAGCUUCAAGGAUUCCUGCCUCCAUCAAUAAUGCUGCCACCACGGAGACUCCAUACGCUGCUGUGCCAAGCAGUGGAACACCAGAAGCAUAGUUGCCCCUACCACAACACCUUAACAGAAGAAGGGCUUGCGGGUGUCUCGCUCCUUGUUGACCACCAUUGUUCCAGGGAUCAAUUUCCAUGUGAAACAGUGCAAAUACUCAAUGAUCAUUGUGAUGAGGUGUGGUUUUGUCGCUUCUCCCCAGAUGGUCUCAAACUUGCCACUGGAUCGAAAGACACUACAAUUGUGAUAUGGGAUGUCAACCCAGAAACACUGACAUGCACACAUCGCAAGACGCUUGAGGGUCAUUCUUAUGGAGUUGCCUACAUUGCAUGGAGUCCGGAUAGCACACACUUGGUGGCCUGUGGACCUGAAGACUGCCCAGAGCUGUGGAUCUGGAACAUCGAAUCAGACGAGUUACGUGUGAAGGUUUCGCAUUCGCCUGAGGACUCCCUUACCUCCUGCUCAUGGCAUCGUGAUGGCAAAAAAUUUGUCACGGGUGGCAUCCGUGGGCAGUUUUAUCAGUGUGAUCUUGAAGGCAAUGUGCUUGACUCGUGGGAAGGAGUGCGUGUGAAUUGCCUUUGGUGUCGCAGUGAUGGAAAGACAGUCCUUGCAGCAGAUACCCAUCAUCGUGUUCGUGCCUACAACUUUGAUGAGCUUUCUGAUUACAACAUUUUGCAGGAAGAUCACCCUGUGAUGGCAUUUUCCGUAAAUGCCGCAGAUCGCCUUGCAUUGUUAAAUGUUGCCACCCAGGGUGUACACUUAUGGGACCUACAAGAUCGUUGCCUUGUGCGGAAAUUCCAGGGAGUUACACAAGGACAUUUCACUAUACACAGUUGCUUUGGUGGAGUCAACCAGGACUUCGUUGCCAGUGGAAGUGAAGAUAACAAAGUGUAUGUGUGGCACAUAAAGAGAGAACUGCCAAUAGCUACUCUAACUGGCCACACCCGGACAGUCAAUUGUGUUACGUGGAAUCCUGUCUACCACCAGAUGUUGGCAUCAGUAUCUGAUGACUGCACUGUCAGAAUAUGGGGUCCUGCUAACCAGCAUCGUACCAACAAGACAGGUUAUGCAAAUUCGAGUAGUGAAGGAGGUGUCUUUUCAUCGCCAUCUUCGAAUGGUAGUGUCUGGCAUGACUUGGGUUCAUAGUAGUCAUGUGGUCCUCUGCUCCAUUCUACUUCUCCCUCCUUCCCUUCUCUAUUUCUCCCUCUGUCACACUGUAGCAACACAUGGGCAUCACAUCAAAGAAGAUUUCCAUACCUGGAGCAGGUCCUGCUUGCAUGUUGUCGUGCAUAUCAAGUAGGAAGAGAAGUGAAUGAAACACCUGGUGGAAUAGAGAAUUUGUGCAAUCAUUUGUACAAUGUUUCUGUGAUUUAUUUCUGUAAAAAUUAAAAUAAAAGUGAACAUGUUUCUUCAUA